UCCUGUUAAAAUGUCUUGUCACGCACAAACCAUUUCUAAAAUACCGCUCUCUAGGUCUAUAAAUUGAGAAGCUUACAUUACCAAGCUCCUUUUUCUCCGAUCGCUCCUGAGAACGACAAGAUGUCUGCUAAUAUCAUCAGUGACGACUUUUCUGCAGAGAGUCUCGUCCCGAAAAGCCAGGAUCAAGAGGGCAAUAUUCCAAUGGAGUCUCCGAUUCAAUAUGCUGAAGUAGAUCAAAAUGUCCAAGCUGAUUCUACGAUCAAUCCCUCGGAAAGCGGCGACAAACCUUUCCAAUCUGAAACAGCUUCUCAAAUGGCUUCCUCUGAUCUGUCCAAUCGCAAUCCCAGUCCAACGGGUGUUUUAGCGCAAGUGCAGGACAGGAUAAUACAGGUAUCAAUCUACCAAAGCCAGCAGAACCCACAGGCCGUGCAAUCACCGCCACCCCCUGGGAGCAGCCUUCAGCCUUCUCCUCUGCCAUCUGAUGCCAGCCUUCGUUCAUCCCUCCUGCAAUCCCGUUUGCCAUCGAUGCCUUACUCCAACUACGGGCCUCAGCGAAGAGAUCAUCGUUCACCCCAAUAUUCCCUUCCUCAGGGCAACGAGAGGAGUUGCCAAGAACAGCAGAGGACACAGUUGGCCGUGGAACUUCGCUGCUUACUGGAUGAAUUUGUAGAAUUAGAGCAUCCUGUGUACGAUUCCAUACCCAACAUGAGUUUACAUUUGAUAAAUAUGUAUGCUUUUUAUAGGAGACUGAUCCAAGGUUAAAGGAUAGGUUUUAUAUUCCUUUUUUCAUUAAAAUAACAUUGACUGGAAA